CUCGUGUCCCAAAGCUAGUGCGCUGUCUACUUAGACGUGAUUUUUAUCAUUCAACUCGCAUUUGAUGCCCAAAAAACGUUGUCUGCCUAGUAGUGUUAGAGGGAUUGAGGCAACCACAGAAUCUCAGUACAGUACAUAGGAAAUGACUCAUAGAUGAGUUAAACCAGCGCGUGGGUGUGGGCGCUAUUAAAACAAGGCUGAAAGUUAGGGGUGGGCCAUUCACAUGCGCUGCUUUUGCUAUGCUAGAAACCCAGUUGUGGCUUUUAAUCUUUUGAAAUCGUUGUGGGAUUUCAAUAUAUGUAUAGCUCAAUGAAUCCCGAUAUGGCGCGUGCCCUCUGCUGGAUUACGUUAGUGGCCACUACGGUUGUGACUGGAAUAAACGCGGAUACAAGUUCAUCCCGCUGUGCGAAAUCAGAAUUUUGGAACAGAGAUUCUGAACAAUGUGUAGAUUGUUCUUCGUGCAAGCAGUACCCAAAAACACCAAAUUGUGACACAUGCACACCCACAGAACCUUCGGAUUCCUGGAGGGUGGCAGCAAUUACUAGUUUGUCUGUGCUGGCAGCUGUAAUUGUUUUUGGAGCCUUGCUCAUAGGAGUGCUGGUACAUCAGAGCAGGUCCAGGAGGACCUUACGUGAGCCGAUAGAGGAGACUACAGGACCACUUUAUCCAGCAUAGGUUCUUUAAAGCUUUGCGGAAAACCCAAGCUGACAGGAUAUGAAAAUGGACUGUUACUCCAGUGAAUUAAUAUUCCAGUUAAUGAAUCAAUGGCUGGUACCUCAACCACAGUGUCCUAUGAGUAGUGUUUGAUUUUCUAAUUUAGCCUAUUACAUUGCUAGGCUGUGUAAUGCAUUCUGAAUGGUUAUGCCACCAUGCACUGAGACCUUGUUAUUCACUGUGUGCAGAGUGUGUUUGCAAGCCUUGGGUGCUAAGAGACAUCAUUUUUGAAGAACAUUUUCAAAGCAUGUUUUUACAUUCCUUUGUUGGAAUCCUAAAAUGCUUUAGCCGGUGAUACUGUUUUUUACACUGUUUUAUAUAUAUAUAUAAAUAUAUAUUAUAUUAUAUUAUAUAUAUAUAUAUAUAAGGCCAUUUAAACGAUUAAUGAAUCAUUUAGGCUACAACCCUUGGUUAUGCUGCCUUCAAGUGGUGGUGUCGGAAGUAUCGUAGUCGCGUUGACCAGUGGGAAACUCGGGAUUAAUGAGACACGAGAUGUGACGUUGUCGGAGGCGCGUCGAUAUCCAAAACGAUGGAAAGGUUGGUAAUGCAUGAUUUUGCAAAGUUAUUUCAAUUUUACAUGCGGUAUUUUAAUAAUUAUAUGCGCGAUGUACGGAUUAGUUUAUGAAAGCUAAAUAUUUUGUAAAAUACCGGUGUAAAUUACACGUUAUCGAAAAAAAAAAAAACAUUUCUUUUGUUAAGGGAUACAUGCCUGCGCACUUCAAAAAUGAAUAAAAUGGAUGUUGUAAAGUUAAUUAAUCCAUAAAGUACACAGGGAAACUAUUGUCGUGACAUUUUGUUAGGUUUACGCUACGUGAUCGCUUGUCGUCACAACGAACGCCCACUUGAUGGCACGAGCUUCCCAGGCUCACGUGAAGGCAGCAUUAGAUCUGUGAACUUUAAACAAAAAUAACCUUCAUUACAUAUUGUAGAAAUACUGUCAAAAUUGACCGUUUUCACAAUUAUGCCUCCAUAACAGAUUUGGAAUGGCAUAUAGCCAUUUGAAUGUAUUUGUAUUCAUCAUUUGUACAGUGUAAUUAUAUAUUUUAUAGUGUACUACGGACUGUAUAGAUGUAGCCAUUUUUGCAACAAUGUUCUGACACUGACCGGCUCAGCAGCCCGUCUAUGGCCUUGAGGAAGAUUCUGAAGAGGUGGAAACGAGGACCAGCAGAAACCAGUGGUGUUUUAAAGACUUUUAAAAGAAAUGCCAUCCUGAUACUUAAAGUUCUCUCUGUGCUUAGUAGAUAGUUUAGACUAAGCAAUGGUACUCAAACUGGGGAACUUGGCCCCUGGGGGGCCCCAAGAUGGAUUCAGGGUGACCACAGAUUUUGUGGCAUUUUAUGAAAUCUAGAAAUUUAUCAUAGAUUUUAUACAAUCAAACAUCAGAAAAAUGAGACCACCAACCCAAAGAAUUGAUGUUCCAGCAUUAUAACUGAAUAUGUUUUUGGUUGAAUUAAAAUUCUAAGUUUAAGAUUAUAAGUCUUUAUUUGGGGGGCCGCAAAACUAUGCAUUCUACACAAAGGGAAACAACGAAAAAGUUUGAGAACCACUGAGCAAUAUAUGAACAUGUAUCUCCAUACAUUUUAAUCUCUUCUAAUUAGUUUAUCUUAAUUAGGACGGGAUAAAAUCACCAAGUUUCAGUGUAGCCAGCAAUGGGCAUUAGAAAAUGUAUAUUUUUAUAGAGAGAAGAUACUUUGGACUAAAAGUGACUAAAGGGUUGAAACUCAUAAAACCUGUCAAAACAUGUCCAUGUCAUAAAUGUAUGUUUUACUUAAAACGAAGCCAAUAUUUAAUGUAAUUAAUGUAAUUUAAAUAAAAUUGUAUUUAUGAAUUGUGGUAGUAUGUGCUCCUUUUUUAUUUCAAUUAACUGUAUUACAGUAAUGAGAAUGUUGUAUGCUUUGUCAUAAGAUAAUGCAAGGCUUCAUUUUUAUGCAGUAUGUAUAUGACAUGGACAUGUUAUUCACUAAGAAUAGGUUUGGCAUGCAGGAUAAUGCAUUAUUCUAAAACACAAUACCCUGUACCUCAUAUAUUGAGAAUCACUGCCAUGUUUGUCAGAUAUCUUAGAAUCAAAAAAGUUUGAAUCUGUGAAGCAUGCACAUCGCUGCCACAGUCUUGAGUUGUUUAUUCAUGCCUAUUCCACAGACUGCGGAGCAAACUAUUCAAUAAAGAGACAAAUAUUGU